GACUUUGCGGCUGUGGUAAGUAGUGACUACCGAACUACGUCUUUAGGGCCUUGAUGAGGAAAGCCAAUGAUAAUACACGCUGGAACAUUCGAAUUAAAUACUGUUUUAUUACAUUGUUCGUAUUUUAGGAAAGACUGGUAUUUUCUAUGUAAUUGUUACAUCACAGCCAUGGCUAUAAGGGCUCCAGAUUUUGUAAAGUUAACGUCAAAAAAGGAGAUUUUGUUUUGCCUUUUUCAGCCUACUGCGUAAAUUCUCCGAACCUAUUACGCAAAUUCUCCGAACCUAUUACGCAAAUUCUCCUAACCUACUGCGCAAAUUCUCCAUAAUCUACUACGCAAAUUCUCCUAAAAUCCUGACAAAAGCAGUAUAACAUCUAGUCAAAACCACCCCCUAGUUACCGCCUUAGGGGGGGGGGGGGGGGGGGGUAACCGAGAAGUGACGGGAGUGUUCCGUGGAGGCGGGGCGUUGCUCUGAGAACGGUUGCCAAGCGCCGGGUCACUGUGUGGGAAGUGCUGAAAUAUCUGAACGUCACUGACACCGCCGCCGCCUUUGGCCAAAGGAGAUCUGCAACUACUGGCGGGUCACUCGCAUUUUGGGAUAGUUGAAGAUCGAAUUAGGAAACCUGUCAACAACAACCAAGGAUUCAAUAUUUAUAUAUCUACCCACUAGACAGGAUACAAUAGCGGAAAUAAAAGUUUUUCGCUCCGGUUUAGUGGUUAGUUCAAACGGCUUUAGUUAGAGCUUCACUUUUAGAUCGCCAAGUCAGGUGUAUUUAUUAAACACGUUGUAGCGUAUUUCUUUGACUGAGUUGAUUACAGCGAUUGAUGUGAUUCCUAAUUAUACACUAAAUGGUUAUGGAGAAGAAGAGGAUGGAUUGUCCCUCUCUGCCACCGGGCUGGAAGAAAGAAGAAGUGAUCCGGAAGUCAGGGCUCAGUGCUGGCAAGAGUGAUGUCUAUUACUACAGUCCCAAAGGGAAGAAGUUCCGGAGCAAACCCCAGCUGUCCCGUUACCUAGGCAACACGGUGGACCUGGGAUGUUUUGACUUCCGAACGGGCAAGAUGAUGCCCGGCAAGCUGCAGAAGAACAAACAGAGGCUACGGAAUGAGAACCUCACCAUCAACAAGGGUAAACCAGACCUGAACACAGGACUUCCUAUCAGACAGACAGCCUCCAUCUUUAAGCAGCCCGUCACCAAAGUGGUGAACCACCCCAGCAACAAGGUGAAGACAGACCUGCAGAGAGCCACAGAGCAGCCCAGACAGCUGUUCUGGGAGAAGCGGUUGAAAGGCCUGAGUGCGUCAGAUAUCACAGAAGAGGUCCUCAGGAGCAUGGAGCUUCCUAAGGGUUUAACAAGUUUGGGUCCAGACACGUCAGACGAGACGCUCCUAUCGGCUAUCUCCAGCGCCCUCCACAUGAGCUCCUCCCCCAUCACGGGCCAGACGACCUCGGCUGCAGAGAAGAACCCGGCUAUCUGGCUCAACACGUCGCAGCCCCUGUGUAAAGCCUUCAUAGUGACCGACCAGGACAUCCGGGAACAGGAGCAGAAGGUGAUCCAGGCCCGCAGGUGUCUGGAGGAUGCACUGAUGGUAGACAGGAUGGCGAGGGCUUCCGAAUCCAGCAGAGACUCAGAGGACAAGGCUGCAUAGGAGACCAGACAUGGUGAGGGGUUAUGGGGCUGGAGGAUCUGUGG